AUGUUUUCAGAUUUUGUUCCAAGUGAGGAUAUACCUUUUACUUUAAUGUUUGGAAAUCUUUUCAAUCCAUCUCUUGUUGAUCUGGAGUGGCCUGAGCUGGAAGAAUACUGUUGCAAACUAUUUCAAGAGUUACAACUUUCAGAAGACCAGAUAGGAUUCAAAAAUCCCUCAAUAAGGUGGGGAUAUGAUCAUGAAAACCAUGCACAAUUGAAAUACGAAGAAAAGCAUGCUAAACUACAUCAUAAUUUCACUAUUAAAGAUACAGGAUUUUGUGUGUUACUAGCUCAUCCAUUCAUUGGUGUCUCACCUGAUGGUCUUGUAGACUGCAAUUGUUGUGGCCAAGGAGUGGUUGAAGUGAAAUAUUCUUGGUGUCAGCAGCGACAAAAAAUUGAUGAAAAUAUGUCUAAUUUAGUUAAACAGAAUGGUAAUUACACAUUUAACAAAAGCAGUAAUUCCCGGGAUAUUUCCCGGGUUAAAAAAACAACCGGGAUCCCGGAAUCCCGUUUCAGAAACCCUAAUUACUACCAAAUGCAAACACAAAUAUUUGUAUGUUAUGUUGAAUAUUGUGACUUUGUAGUUUGGACAGAAAAAAGUUUGCACAUUGAGAGGAUUUAUAAAGACUUUACAUUGUGGAACAGUAUCAUUGAAAAAACAAGAAAGUUUUUCAAAUUCUGUAUACUACCAGAACUGACAGCAUGUUAGUAUUCAAAACAAUAAAUCGAAAUUGUAAGUAAACAUUUGUUAAAACAUUACGUAGUGUAAACUUGGUUUUAUUCAAAUGG